GGUAUAGUUUAUAUCCUCUUUGAUCCUUCUACCAGCUUUCUCCUCUCUUCCCACACUUUAAAACCUUUCCCAUAGAGGUAGUACCACUAUCCCACUACUCUCAUUCCAUAAACCAUUUCGGCUGAGGUUCAGAUCCGAAUUCCUCUGAGCUAUGGGGGAAAAGAAAGUCGUCAUAAUGGUGCUGAAGGUGGAUCUUCAGUGCCAUAAAUGCUACAGGAAAAUAAAAAAAGUCCUCUGUAAAUUUCCUCAAAUACAAGACCAGGUAUAUGAUGAGAAAAACAACACAGUGACCAUCAAAGUGGUUUGCUGCUCUCCUGAUCAUAUUAAAGAAAAGAUUAUCUGCAAAGCUGGAGACUCCCUUAAGGAGAUUACUAUCAAAGUACCUGAGAAACCAAAGGAGCCAGAAAAGCCUAAGGAAAAGCCCAAAGAACCAGAGAAGCCGAAAGAAAAGCCCAAAGAGCCAGAGAAGCCGAAGGAAAAGCCUAAAGAGCCAGAGAAGCCGAAGGAAAAGCCUAAAGAGCCAGAGAAGCCGAAAGAAAAGCCUAAAGAGCCUGAGAAGCCCAAGGAAAAACCCAAGGAGCCAGAGAAACCGAAAGUUCCUGCUCCUGCUCCUGCUCCUGCUCCUGCUCCUGCUCCAACUCCAGCGCCAGCUCCACCAAAGGAUCCGACACCGGCGCCUUGUGUGGCGGGGUACCCCCCCUAUCCGUACUUUCGCACGUGUUGUUCGGAGUGCUACGAAGGACAUGGUGGUGGGCCGUGUGUUAAUGGUUACGGUGGGCCACCAUGCCCACCUCCAUGCUAUCAAUACGAUGGGUAUUAUGGAAGGCCGGUCUAUGAUAGUUACGGUGGAGGAAGGGGUUACCAGGUGAAUCGCUGUGAGUACGUGUGUGAAGAUAACUCUGGAGGUUGCACAGUCAUGUAAAAAUUACAAAUAAGUUACACCCCAAGCUAGCGACCAAUGCUGUUAUUCACCAUCGUCUUAUAUUAUAAAAGAGAACAAGAAAUAAUAAAAUCAAUAAUAAAUUAAAAUGUAACGAAUGUUUAUGUGACAUAAUGUGAGGUUAAUUGAGUCUUGUAUUUGUAUGGUUACAUGACAACAAAACGAGAAGUUAAGGGCGAAGCUAGCAUAUGUAAUUUGCAUCUGUACAAUUAGCCAGCCGAUGAUCAAAUGUGAAAGACGACUUUUGUAUCA